ACCGCGGUACGACAUCCGUGCCAUUGUAACGCUAUCCGUAAUAUUCUGCCCAGUAACUGAAUUGUUCCUUUUCACCGGUGAUUUUCUCAGCGCCAACUUCUGCGCCAGGCGGUUCGAGAUGCUUAAAACGCAAAAAAAUCGCGUUUUUUGCGACCACACCGGUUCGCUUCCCUUGUCUACCACAAGAACCUUCAUGUGCCUAGCAAUCUCCAAGCCACUUUAGAAGCCGUCGCGGGACUCUCGUGUUAAACAGUAAUUUGAAUUCUUCUCGGUGGUCAGCCAGCUGUUGAACUUUCUCCGUGUGCAGCGGCUCAGACGAAAGCAGAAAAUACACGAAGCGUUUGUGGGAAGCGCGUUUCUGUUUGGCUCUUUGUGGUAUUGCGGUCUCCAAUAGUUGCUGCGCUGUGUGAAACGCCUGCUGUAAAAGUGGAACUCCACCAGCUUCAUGGUGUGGUAAUGAUGCCAGGCAUCAGAGGAGUGGUGAUGAGGAGUUCAGCAAACACAUUUGCAGACAUGAUGAACAUACCGGAAUACUAUGCAGGGAAAAAUGUGCUGAUCACUGGAGCAACUGGCUUCAUGGGAAAGGUAAUGCUGGAGAAGCUGCUGAGGUCGUGCCCAGGAGUUAAUACUGUCUAUGUGAUGGUCAGGUCAAAAUCUGGCCAGAGCCCUCAGGCCCGUAUUACUGACAUGAUCAGCAGCAAGUUGUUCGAAAGGUUACAAGGUGAACAGCCAUGCUUUGCAGAGAAGAUUAUUGCAGUGAGCAGUGACCUCACAAAGCCAGAACUGGAUCUUAGUAAGGAGAAUCAGACAUUACUCGCUGAAAGCAUCAACAUUAUCUUCCACUGUGCCGCCACCAUCCGUUUCAAUGAACCACUGAAAGAUGCAAUGCAGUUGAAUGUCUUGGCUACUCAGAAGAUGCUCACUCUGGCCCAUAAGAUGAAGCAUCUAGAAAUCUUCAUCCAUGUAUCCACAGCCUACGCCAACUGUGAUCGGGAGCUCAUUGAGGAAAUGGUCUAUCCUCCCCCAGUGGAGUAUGUCAAACUCAUUGAUGCACUGGAUUGGAUGGACGAUGAACUGGUGUCGGUUCUGACCCCCAAACUGAUUGGUCAACGACCCAACACUUAUACCUACACAAAAGCAUUAGCCGAGUAUCUGGUGCAGCAGGAGGCCGGCGACCUCAACGUUGCUAUUGUAAGACCCUCCAUCGUUGGUGCCAGCUGGAAAGAACCUUUUCCCGGUUGGAUUGAUAAUUUUAAUGGACCUAGCGGAAUAUUCAUUGCGGCAGGUAAAGGGAUCCUACGUACAAUGAGAGCAUCUAAUGACGCAGUGGCUGACUUGGUACCUGUAGAUGUCGUCAUCAAUGCGACACUGGCUGCUGCCUGGUAUUCUGGAUCACAACAAAAGAACAGGCCCAAAUCCAUCCUGGUUUACAACUGCACGACUGGUGGCAUCAACCCAUUUCGCUGGGGAGAAGUUGAGAACUGUAUAAACAUGACCUUCAAGACCAAUCCUUUAGAGCAAGCCUUCAGAAGGCCCAAUGUCAAUCUCCGCUCCAACCCCUUUACUAAUCAGUACUGGACACUUGUCAGCCACACGCUGCCAGCUCUCCUCUAUGACUUCUAUCUCGGGCUGAAAGGCCAAAAGCCUCGGAUGAUGAAGACGAUCACUCGCCUUCAUAGAGCCAUGAUGGUUCUGGAAUAUUUCACGAGUCACUCUUGGGUGUGGAGCACCGACAACGUAGCCAUGUUGAUGGCCCACAUGACCCCAGAGGAUAAAAAGGUGUUUAAUUUCGACGUGCGGCAGCUGAACUGGGCAGAGUACAUGGAAAAUUACUGCAUGGGCACUAAAAAAUAUGUCCUCAAUGAAGAGCUGUCAGGCCUGCCUGCCGCACGCAAGCACCUCAACAAGCUGAGGAAUAUCCGCUACAGUUUCAACACCAUCCUAGUGGUGCUCAUCUGGCGCAUUUUCAUUGCCCGAUCUCAGAUGGCUAGAAACAUCUGGUACUUUGUAGUGAGCCUCUGCUUUAAGUUUCUCUCCUACUUCCGAGCCUCUUCCACCAUGAAAUAAUGACCCAGAGUCCCAGUAGAGGGAGGCAGGGCGGAACAACACAGAAAUGAAAAAUACUGAAUCCUAGCUGUGGUUCUUGAAAGAGAAUAUGCAAAUCUAUUCCUUUUGGUUCUGUGUGGAAAAAGAGAGUGCAGCCUUCAAAGCAGUUAUACUCAUUGGUCAGCGAUUCAAUAGCAUUCAAAAACAGGAAUGUUGCAGAUGUUUGAUUUUUAUACACCGUAUUGAGCUCUGACAGGCUUUUCAACUCCAAUUAGACAUUAGGCUUAAGAAAGACCGGUAAAUUAAAAGGACUGCUGGUUUCAGUCAGACCCUACCACACCAGCGAUAUCAAAAUCCACCCCUCGAGCCCCACCCGAACCCCCCCCCCCCCCCCACCCCACCCCACACUGUCCAGGAUGUUUUCGACGUGUCCCUCCUCCAACACACCAGAUUCAAAUGAUCAGGAUCGUUGUCAAGAUUCUCAGAGCUUGCCAAUGAGCUGAUCAUUUGAAUCCGGUACGUUGGAGGAGGGAGACAUCGAAAACAUCUUGGGUAGGGGCUCACAUGGACCGGGGGUUGGACAACCCUAUACUAACACUGUCUUUUGUUACUUGAAGCAUUGCGUUUGUAUUCACUGCGAGUGUGUGAAUGUGUGUGCAUGCGCGGUUGCAUAGGUGUAUAUAUAUACACAAUGUGUGUCCGGUAUACAUGGACAUGAAUACGGUAUACAUAGAGAUGUCGAUAUUAGUCUACAGUAGUGGCUUUCCGAUCAAGGUUUUAUGCCAUUGAUUCCGAUACCCCCUCAUCCGUGGUGAGAUUGGCCAAGUACAAUGCUGAUCAAACGGAUUAGCUGCACGGUUUUCAAUUUCAGAGCUGCUUCACUAAGUUAUUUUAAAAAUCGAUUUACCGGCAACGAAUUGAUUAAUUAAAUUUAAAAAAAAACAAUUCUAUCCAAAUUUCCAUCCCUUUAUUAUUCACAACCAGAGCAUUAUUUUAAAAUGAUUAUGAUUGCAUUUCUGGUAUGGUCUGCAAUGCGCAAUAUUCAGGAAAGUUAGCGUAGGCUGCAAAAUACAAGUUGCAGUUGAUCAGGUUAUGCGAUGGCAUUGAAAGGCAUUAAUCGAAAUGACGAUCAUGGACUUUUCCACGGAAAGUGGCCAAUCACGAAAGGUCGAUCGGCGCACCACUAGUAUACAUUAUACAUCACACUGUAUAAGAAUAUACACAUAUUUAUAUAGAGAGUGUAUGUAUACAGUGGACCACCACAUACUGUGCGUACGGUUCAGCACCUGCAGAUUCACCUAUUCGCAAAGUUUUUUUUGGGGGGGUGCAGGGGUUCUUAAAAAGAAAAUAUUUUUGGGGGGAGCCACCCCUGUUUUCCCUGAAAUGCUUAUUGGAGGGUUAUCCCUGUUUUCCAGUGCAAUUUAUAUUGGGCCACAAUUAUACACGUAUUUUUGCUCUGCGAGAUGGAAGGGGUCCUUUGUGUUUGUAUACAGUAUACAUGUCUACUACAUACUAAUAUAUACACAUCUAUGUAUACUGUAUCCAUGUGAAUACAGUACAGUAUAUGGAUACAGUAAAUAUUGACUUGAGAUGCCUUAAUAAUUGGCCCAUACAAGCAGAAACAUUGUAUCUGUUGAGAAAGUUGCACACCAGCGAAUCUAGUCGUUUGGAGAGCCAGUGUUUAGUCAGGCCACCACCACCAAAUCUGUUAAGACUAAAGCCAUGUGUUUCAUAUUAAACAUAAAUGUGCAACUGCUGACACGACAGUACAUCUGCUUUAAAGACAGCUUCUAAAUGACCUCUAAAUAACAAUUUCGAUACCUUCUCGGCCAAAGUUCACACCAUAGCUGUUUAUAGUUCUAGUUGCAAUGCAAGCUACCUUACGUACAAUGUGCAGUAGCUACCAGUGCCUGUUGCUUGCUAGCUAAGCUAAUUUUCAACAUUGGUCUUUUGUUUUCUUUUUUUUUUGCCAAAUCCAGUGACUAAUUUGACUGAGUGUUUAUGUAGCAUUUGUUUUGUUGAAGUUUGAAAAGGUAAAGUUCCCUGUUCAUCACGUUCAAGAGGCACUUUGACACCAAACCUUUGUCUAACACCCAUUGACUUCAUGAGGCUUCACUGAACGAUUGACAUGUCAGAAGUGUGCGUGUGUCUUGUUUUCCUAAGAACGCUACAAUGUUUGAAUAAUUGAGGCGUGACCUUGCCAAUGUUUGCUCAUGUUGAUUUUGUCUUCUCUUUGGUUUAGGUGACAACUGUCACACAUGUCCUAUGAAUGUCUUGUAAU